GUCAGACAGGAGGAGCAGGGGUCAGACGGCAGAAAGAGAGGGAAUACACGGUUCCGUCUCAGUUGCAGCCGCCCACUAGUGACUAGUAGUGAGAGGCAGUAGCGGGGGCAGCAUGACAGGACCCCGGGAGCAGAGGAUACAGAGCAGAAGGAAACGGGCAAAACAGGCUCCUCGGGUCUCACACGCGGUUCAUCUCAGGCUCUCGCUCCCUGACUCAGAGCUCAGUUGCCCACACGCUCCUUCCAUUCAAGCACCAUAUGCGCCUCCUCAGUGCCCUGAUGUGCCGCUGGUACGUGCUGGUGCGUGAGUGUGACACUAUGCCAAGGCUGGGCGCCCCGGGUCAGAACACAGACUGGACUGGAACUAACUCUACUGACAAUCUGCCACCAAUCGGCUAGAAGAACCGGGUGCAGCACCUGCCAAUGAUACCAGCCUCCAGCUCCAUCCAGAGCACCGCAUUGCUUUCCACUACAUGUGCUGCCCUUACCCUCUGCCAAACACCCUCACCCAGUACUGACCCUCACUCACUCACUCACUCACAGUCCCUGGGUCAGACAGCUCAAGCACCCAGCCAUUUGGUGUCACCUUUAUGCCUAGUGAGGAGACACAAAACCUUCCUCGACCUCACCUGCCCCCUAAUUAUAUAGCCCAAGGCUGUACCUGCCCCACUGACCCACCCCAGCCUCUCCCUGCCCCUGGAGCACACUGCGACUCUACUUCCAAGCUCAACCUGACAACAGUGGAGUUGCCAUGUGGUUCUCCCGGAAGGGCCGGUUGCUGCUCAUUUCACUUCUGUCUGUUGUUUUUCUCGUGGAUUUUUACUUUCAUUUGUGGCCGGUGCUGAUGCGGAGGAUCGGGCGAGACUGUGGUUGUUCUGAGAGUCGGGAGGAGACGUCUAAACUACAACAACUCUUCUCUCAUCCUCUGUACCUGCCCCAGGACCCCCUCACCCCUGCCCUCCAACACAGGCUGCUCGACAUCCACGAAACCAACGAGAAAUACAUGAAGAGGGUCGCCCACCUCCACAGGAAGGAGGAGAUCCAGAAGCACAAUGCUGCUUGGAACAGCUCCACCCACGUGACAGAGACAACCUUUAAUCUCAGCAUCCCCUGGUUGCAGUUUCACCUAGAGAUCAGCCAAGAUGCUCUAUACCCUCGGUCCAGCAAAACUGUGCAGAAACUCAUUGACUGGAUGGGAAACAUGACUAUUAUUAAAGCCGAUCUUACUCAAGAUGCAAAGAAACUAAAAGGGGAGUGUGACUGCGAAAAAAUUGUGAAGCCAAGUGGAACCCACCUGAAACUUGUCCUACAGUUCCAAGACUUGGGGAAAGCCAUGUUCAAGCCUAUGAGGCAGAGACGAGAAGAAGAAACCCCAGAAGAUUUUUUUUAUUUUGUGGAUGUUCAGAGACAUAACGCAGAAAUCGCUGCUUUCCAUCUGGACAGGAUUCUGGAUUUCCGCCGUGUUCCACCAGUGGCUGGGCGACUUGUGAAUGUGACCAGUGAGAUACUGAAAGUGACCCCAAAUGAAGACCUGAAAGAUGUGUUCUUUGUGUCUCCAGCGAAAAACGUGUGUUUCUUUGCCCGGUGCCCGUAUUCGUGUAAGACAGAGUACGCUGUUUGUGGAAACCCCCACCUGCUAGAGGGGUCACUCUCUGCCUACUUGCCAUCACAUUUCGAUGCAUUCCGGAUAUCAGUCCAGAACCCUUGGAAAAGAGCUUACACCUUCACUGGGAAGGAAGAAUGGGAAGUGAAUCCUUCCUACUGUGAUCAGGUGAAGCAGACUGAGCCUUACACCAAUAUGAAGAGGCUUCUGAACAUGAUGGAUCUGGCCAUAUUUGACUUUCUUACAGGAAAUAUGGACCGCCACCACUAUGAAUUAUUCACCAAAUUCGAAGAUGAUGGUUUCCUGCUCCACAUGGACAACGCCAGAGGGUUCGGACGUCAUUCAUAUGAUGAAAUAACAAUCUUGGCCCCUGUAUACCAGUGCUGUCUGGUGAAGGAAGACACGUGGUUACGGCUCAGACUUCUCUCCACGCCCGAGUACAGGCUGAGUGAUGUAAUGAGGGAGUCUCUCAGCCAAGACCGACUACAGAACAUCCUAACAGAACCACACUUAUUAGCUCUGGACAGGAGGCUGCAGACUGUGCUGCGAGUGGUUGAGGCGUGUGUGCAGAAGUAUGGAAAUGGGUCUGUGAUAAUUAAAGAGAAGAGGAAACGGACAGUACCCACACAUGGCCAGCAGAGGACAGUAUAGUUUUUAUGGAUUGCACCAAAAGCCAGGCCUAGUGCCCUCGUUUUAAAUGCUUCUUUAUUUUGGAAAGCGCAAACCAUCCACAUCUGGGAAAAAGAUCACCAGCUGUUCCAGCUUUCUGCUACAUUUGGCAUUGGCUAGGCCAAUCACACCUACUAAAAGCCCUUCACCCUCUGGAGCGCAGACUUCAAUAUUAAAAUAUUUUCUCCAAAUUUGUCACGUUCCAUGUUGUUAUAAUCAAAAUGAUGAAAGCAGAAAACAGGCAACACAACUUUCUUAUUCUGAUGGUAAAAUCUCCUUUCCUCUCUCAACAAUAAUUAACGUAUUUCCACUUUCAAAAGUAAAACAUAGAUCUCUUUACUGACCAUUAGAAGGUGCUACAUUAAGUAAGUGUUUACUUUCAAGUAUUUGUUGAAGGUUGUGGAAGCCAUUACAUAGCCUUAAGGACACUAUACACGGCAGAUAAAAACUACCGACAGACCGAGUCGGCAGUUUAUUGGCCCAUGUGUGGGGCCAUCCAAUCAGAUCAGCCCGAUAUCGCCCACUU